AUGAAGCCAGCAAUCCUCCUACCGUUGUUCCUGCAGGCUGUCAUGGCCCAGCAGCUAGCCUUUGUUGGUAGUUAUGGCGGUAGCAUCGUCACACUCCAGUUCAACAAUGAAACCGGUGAGCUGAAGCAACUGUUUACCAACAAGGAUUCCGCUCCAUCUCCCUCGUGGCAAGAAAUCUCAAAAGCCCAAAAGUUCCUUUACACAGUUGAGGAGACAACCCAGAAAGAUAAGAACAAGGGCGCCGUCACAAGCUACUCCAUCGAGGACGAUGGGCAGCUUCGCAAGGUAUCGACCUCAGCCGGGAUGGUUGCUCCUGUGCAUCUGGCCAUCAGCCCGGACCAGAACCUUAUCGUCACAGCUAAUUAUGGCUCCGCAAGCGUUUCCGCCUACAACACGAACCCUUCUACUGGAGAAGUCAACUGGGCCAAAUCCUGGGAGUUUGAGCUCCCAGAGCCAGGGGCUGUCCCAGAGCGACAAGAAGCGCCUCAUCCACACCAUGUGAUUUUUGAACCCACCGGCAAGGUCGUCCUGGUGACGGAUCUGGGUGCUGAUAUUAUCCGCAUGUUCACCGUCGGCGGAGGCCAGGAUCCCAUUACCGAAAUUGACCCAGUCAAGGUGAAGCCUGGUACCGGACCACGCCAUGCUGUUUUCUAUCCGGCCACCGACAAACCGAAAUUCUACUACGUCGUCGGGGAGUUAUCGAACACCCUGACCGUUUUCUCGGUCGAAUACACCGACAAAGCCCUCAAGCUCACUGAAAUUCAAACUAUUUCCACCCUGCCAGAGGACCAUGCCAAAGACAAAGGCCCAGCAGCGGGGGAGAUCAUCCUUCAUCCGAACGGCAAGCACCUCUAUGUGUCAAACAGACUCGACACUGUGUUUCCACAUGCAAACUCGAUCGCGUCUUAUGAAAUCGACGAGUCAUCCGGACGUCUGAAGCUCCUGGAGGUUUUCAACAGCGGAGUCGUGAAUAUUAGACACCUUUCUAUCCACCCAAGUGGAGAGUGGUUGAUCACCGAGGGACAAGAUUCAAAUAACAUCAAGUCUUUCCAACUUGAUCCUAACACUGGAAAAGUAGAAAAGGAAGAAAGCUCUUCUUUGCUCAUCGAAAAGCCUGUUUGCUUGCAGUGGUUGACCACUCAGCCGGCAGAGAAGCAACAGAAAAAGUGUGGUAGUUAA